AUGGAAAAGUAUGAGUGUCCACAUGUUGACUGUAAUGCGACCAUGCAGGGCAAAAUCAAAUAUAACGAACAUUUCCAAAUGCACGAUAAACCAUUUCGUUAUCAAUGCAAACAUACCGGUUGUGGGAAAGAAUUCCACAAUCCAUCAUCAUUUUCCAUACACAAGAAGUCCUGUAAACGCAAACCUCAAAGUCCAACGGAAAGAAAUCCACAUAUCCAAAAACAUGAUGAACAUUGCAAGCAACCCGGUAAUGGGGAAGAAUUCCGCAGUCAAUCACCAUUUUACAGACACAAGAAAUUCCGACAACACAAACCUCAGAGUCCAAAGGAAGGAAAUCCGCUGUUGGGACAUACUUUGAAAGACGCUUCAUUGGGUCAACAAAACCACUCGGACAAUGAGUCACUUUCUUAUACCUGAUCGUCAUCAACUUGUUGGAUAAGAUUGAUGUAUAACAAAUUUGUGCUAAAGAAUU